GCAGUUGCCCGACUGUAGGGCGAGGGCAGCAACACGUGGUGAUGCGGACAGGGACUGCGGUCCUAGGCACAACACCAUUCUUAGGAUGACGAUGCCGCAGAACAACGUCAUAAGCGGCUCCACCAUCAAUGUCACUUGUUCCAGCGACUUCCCAAUCACAACACAGGUGGAUUGGACCGUUCUCCCAGCGCCUCCCAUCGAGGCCUUGUCGUUCUCCGGACCAAUGGGCACCACGCUCACCAUCUCUCCCAUCACGGCCGACGUCAACAGAGAUACGGUUGUCCACCCCGUGUAUGUGAUUUGCGUGGCUGACGUUACGGGCGGAAUAGGCCAAGGACUUGGCAGUGCUACGCUACCUGUUUGGUACGACGUGUGUGCUGAUGCUGAUGUUUGCACGCGAACCUUCGGCAUCCCACGGGGCACCUCCGACUGCGUAUUCCCGACCACUGGCCGUCCGCACUGUGUUUGUCGUCCUGGCGACGCCAGUCGAGUAUGCAGGAUAGUGGACGGCUGCGGUGUUAUGGCUGCUAAUGCUACUGGCGCAGCAGCAGCGGACGUCCUUCGGUGUGUGAACAGCUUGGGAUGCAUGCACAACGACGCCACCGGUGUGGUCGAGUGUAGCGGAUCGGGCAGUAACGCUGUCGUGCCAAGCCUCAUCGCGUUGCUAAUAGUGAUGGUCGGCAUGGUGAUCGGCGGACUCCACAUAUAGCAUGCAUCUAUUCUGGGGUGUCAUUGUGUUAACAUGGUGCACGGUUGCAUUUUCGUAACUGACGAAUUCACAUGACCCUCACAUACAACAGCAUCACUUUAGAUUGUAAUCAAAUUGUCAAGCAUUCUUUGUGUGUUUUUCUGACAAUCUUAAACCAAAUCAUUUUGUAUCAGAACAGUGUAGCGGUAAUAAAGUUUGCACCUCACCUUGUACCAUCAAAUAUUGUUAUAAUAAUUGUCAGCAUUUCA